CUUAAUUGCAAAUGAUUUACAUAGACAAUCCCCUCGCGAAGUUUUUUAAGAGAAAAGAGGUCACAGUGGCACCAACUAGGAAGAGAGCACGCAAAGCGAUUAACCAGCAACAAAGCGGGCAAAAAGCCUGCAAGAAAUUUCUGCAAGGCCCUGAAGAAGAUUCCCCAGAAGCCUUGGAAGGAUGGCCGGCUGUGACCCUCAACUCAUGCCUCAACCCAACUGAUGCAAAGUCCUCGUCAGCUGGAAAUCAGCCAACUCAUCGUGGCGGCAACCAAGCAGCACCUAUCGGUACGGCAGCAGGUGGCAGCGGUGACAGUGUCCCAGGAAUGGCCAUCGGUACGGCAGAAGGUGGCAGCGGUGACAGUGUCCCAGCUGGGAUGGCCAUCGGUACGGCAGAAGGUGGCAGCAGUGACGGUGUCCCAGGAAUGGCCAUCGGUACGGCAGAAGGUGGCAGCGGUGACAGUGUCCCAGGAAUGGCCAUCGGCCAACGGCGCACGCUUUUGCUAUAACUUUAUAUAGGUUCAACAAGUAUGUGGUAACGUUUUGGGGUCGAGGGGAUGAUUUUGGGCUGUAAAGUAUUGGCUUCUUAAGGAUACAGAUUGGCGCGUAUAAAUACAACAAGAAUUCCUAUCCGGAAAUUUCAGUGGUUCUCCGUUGCAUCCCCAGUUCGAGGCUGUUAACAAACAGACAAGAUGGCGUUCCGCCGUUGGGGCCGUCGCAACUUGUUCGAUGCGUAAGCAUGGAGGAGCAACGCCAUUUCAAGCGCGGUAAUGAACGCAAGCGUACGGUGUGCCACAUACCUUGAAAGGAUGUCAUACGUUAGGUUAUUGAGUUGGUUAAAUAGUAAACGCGCCGUUACGGAAAGCGCCAUCACAUCUAAGCCGUUUCCUGGAGAUGUGCUCCAUUGCGGGAUUGCGUUGCUAGUUAAGACGUCGUUGAUGCUUAGUUUGUUAUGUUGUCCAUAACACGCUGCUGUCUGUAAACAUGGGCGAUUUCUUGCGACUAUGUGAGUUGUAAGCCGUACACAGG